CACCUGUGUCUGGAGAACUAACGGCAGCCACAGUCGAACAAUUAUGCUAACUUUUUAAAAGCUCACACGGCGAUGUGGCUGUUUGGGUGUAUUUAAAAAUAUCAAAACGAUGAAAAGCCAGAAAGAGACGGCGAGCCACCAGCAGGCCCGCCUGCUGCUGCACAACAAGUUUGUCGUGGUGUUGGGAGACUCCAUUCAGCGCUCUGUAUACAAGGAUCUUGUCGUACUGCUACAAAAGGACCGAUACCUCACCUUAAGACAACUAAAGAGCAAGGGUGAGAUGAGCUUCGAGCUGGACUGCUUGGUAGAAGGAGGCUGUCUGAACCGAAUGAACAAUGGGACCGAGUACACAGAGGUCCGUCAGUAUCAGUCUGACCACCACCUGAUCCGCUUCUACUUCGUGACCCGCAUCUUCUCCAGAUACAUGCAGAGCAUCAUCGAGGACUUCCGUCACGGCUUGAAACCAGACGUGGUCAUUGUGAACUCUUGUGUCUGGGAUAUUUCAAGAUACAAUCCCAAAUGGGUCGACGACUACAAGGCGAACCUUAAGAGGUUCUUUGGUGAGCUGAAGAGUUUCCUACCAGAGGAAACGCUGAUCAUCUGGAACCUCACCAUGCCCUUAGGAGAAAGGAUCAAAGGUGGCUUUCUGGUGCCUGAGAUUGAGCACAAAGCUCCUCAGCUGCGUUACGACGUGAUUGAAGCCAACUUCUACGGUGGGACUCUGGCCGACAACUACGACGUAGACGUGUUGGACCUCCACUUUCAGUUCCGUUUCUCAUUGCAACAUCGAACCAAAGACGGCGUCCACUGGAACGCCAUCGCCCACCGCAGGAUCACCGCUCUUCUGUUACGGCACAUUGCACAAGCCUGGGGUGUGAUGCUGACUGCUGAUGAAGUUCCUGAGCAGAAGUCAAUCUACGACUGUUCUACAAAAUUUGCAGCUGCUGUGAAUUCAGACAGCUUUAGAGAGGAGUUCACCUCCGAUUCUUUGUCUGGUGCCUUCUUGAGCUUUGAAGACAAGAGGGCGCCAAUGCCACAUCGCCACGAAAACGCAGAGAACUUCCAACCUGCCGUCCAGCCGCAGCAGACCCGGCCACGCCGCAGACCUCAGCAGAAACAUUAUGUACCGCCCAGACAUGGUGUUGACAACGUACCUCCAUCCUCCUCCUACUUUGAGCCCUAUGAAGAUUACCACCAGCCCCUCAAUCAUCAGUUUGUGAUGAGGAACCGUCACAGCAGGCCUCACUAUGCCCCCUACACCCAUCACAAACCAGAUCACCGUCCCUUCCAUGGAUACUAAAAUGGAUCCAUGAAAGGGACAGAACAAAGCAUUGUUCUCUAAAAUAAAGACAGCUGUUUUGUAAUUGUGUACUCUGGGUUUUUAGUUUCACUAAGAGCCAAGCAUUUUAAUAUCUGCUUGUAAGAUUUUAGUUUGAGUUGUUUUUCCAUUAAGUAUAAUUUCAAGACUGUAUUGUUUGAGUUUAAAAAAAUAAAAUAAAAUUCUCACUACAUAA